AUGUCUAGAUACUUAAAAUCUGGUGAUUAUCCUCGUCUUUGGAAAGAUAUCCAGUCCUUAAAUCCCAAAACUAAAAAGCUAUCACAAAGAGUAGGGGAAGCAGUUGGAGACGAGGCUAUUGCAAACUUGGUUGGAACUCUUAUGGGUGUUGGAACUCUUAUGGGUGACACCGGACUGAAGGGACUUAUGGAGGAGGCACCUUUUGGAAGAGUAAUCAAAAUGUUAUCUGGAAAGAAAUUCCCACAAAGUGUUAAGAGCUCUUUGGCUGGUUGCAGUAGAACUUCUUUGCUCUGUGAGCCAACAGUGUCAGAGCUACUCACGAAGAUGGGAGAUGAAAGAGCUGAUCAUUUGGGUGGAUGGGAGCAGCACAUUGAGCGUGUUGAGAGUGGACAUUUCAGUCAUUCCAAAUAUCCUGUAAUUAUCAUCCAAAAUAAACUUAUUGCUACAAUCAGUGGGAAAAUAAUGGACACAGUAGUGACUGAGAUUAAACAGUCCAAAUAUUAUUCAAUCAUUUUGGACUGUACUCCCGAUGUAAGCCACCAAGAACAGAUGUCAGUCAUCAUAAGGACUGUUAAAAUUGACAAAGCACCAGAAAUCAAGGAACAUUUUAUGGGAUUUUUCGUAGAUUCUGAAACAACAGGUCUUGAUUUGUCAUCAUUGAAUAUUCCCUUUGAUGAUUGUAAAGGACAAUCAUAUGAUAAUGGUGCCAACAUGAAAGGGAGGAACAAAGGAGUUCCAGCCAGACUUCUUAAGAAGAACCCUCGUGCACUUUAUGUUCCACGUGGGGCACAUUCCCUAAACUUGGUGGUAUUCGAUGCAGAACAGCUUCAACAGAUCCCAUCAGCAAUUUCUGCAAUCCUAAGGGAACAUAUCUCUGUUGCACUCAAGACUUGGAGUGACACAAGGUGGGAGAGCCGUAUUAACAGCAUAGAGGCUGUGUGGUACCAGGCCUCUAAUAUAAGGGAAGCUUUGCUGAAGAUCAGGGAAGAGACAGACCCUCUGACCAAGGUUGAAGCCCAAACUUUGGCAGAAGAGGCAUUGAGCAACCAGUGUGACAACCUCUGCAUGACAUUAGGCGCUGGAAAUGAAAGUAAUAUUGAUGGAAAGGAACUGGCAAUGAAAGUAAAAAACUUGCCAAGCUUACCCUCAGAUGACAUAACUGCUCUUGAGCUCACCUUUAUCCACACACAAAAUUUGGAGGAACUGUAUCCCAAUCUGUGGGUUGCCCUGAGAAUUGCCUGCACUUUGCUUGUGAUUAUAGCAGCCUCAGCAGAGAGGAGCUUCUCAAAGCUGAAGCUUAUCAAGACCUAUCUAAGGUCUUCCAUGGGACAGGAUCGACACACUGGUCUUGCAAUAAUCAUCAUCAACCAUGAGGUUGGCAAGCAGGUGUCAUAUAAGGACAUCAUUCAUGAGUUUGAGAGUAAAAAAGCCAGGAAGCAGACAUUUUGA